AUGAGAGAGUGCAUUUCGAUCCACAUUGGGCAAGCUGGAAUCCAGAUUGGGAAUGCUUGCUGGGAGCUUUUCUGUCUAGAGCAUGGCAUCCAGCCCGAUGGACAGAUGCCGAGCGACAAAACUGUUGGAGGUGGAGACGAUGCUUUCAACACGUUCUUCAGCGAGACUGGAGCGGGAAAGCACGUCCCUCGGAGUGUUUUCCUGGACCUUGAGCCGACAGUGGUGGACGAAGUCAGGACUGGAACUUACAGGCAGCUUUUCCACCCCGAGCAACUUAUCAGUGGCAAGGAAGACGCCGCAAACAACUUUGCUAGAGGUCAUUACACAAUUGGAAAAGAGAUAGUCGAUCUUUGCCUUGACCGGAUACGAAAACUUGCUGACAACUGUACUGGUCUUCAAGGAUUCAUGGUCUUCAAUGCUGUCGGUGGUGGAACCGGCUCGGGUCUGGGCUCUCUUUUGCUCGAGAGGCUGUCAGUAGAUUACGGGAAGAAGUCAAAGCUCGCGUUUACAGUGUAUCCUUCUCCACAAGUCUCCACGGCCGUGGUGGAGCCAUACAACAGCGUUUUGUCAACACACUCGCUGCUGGAACACACCGAUGUUGCCGUGAUGCUCGACAACGAAGCCAUCUAUGAUAUCUGCAGAAGAUCACUCGACAUCGAGCGUCCUACGUACACGAACUUGAACAGGCUCGUCUCGCAAGUGAUCUCAUCCCUCACAGCUUCACUCCGCUUUGACGGGGCUCUCAACGUCGAUCUCACCGAGUUCCAGACCAACUUAGUCCCUUAUCCUCGCAUUCACUUCAUGCUCUCCUCCUACGCUCCGGUCAUCUCCGCCGAGAAAGCUUACCACGAGCAGCUCUCAGUGUCCGAGAUCACAAACACAACCUUCGAGCCGGCUUCGAUGAUGACGAAGUGUGAUCCGCGGCACGGGAAAUACAUGGCCUGCUGCCUCAUGUAUCGAGGAGACGUGGUUCCAAAGGACGUAAACUCGGCCGUGGGAACCAUCAAAACGAAGAGGACGAUCCAGUUCGUGGACUGGUGUCCGACCGGAUUCAAGUGUGGGAUCAACUAUCAGCCCCCGACAGUGGUUCCAGGAGGAGAUUUGGCAAAGGUCCAGCGCGCGGUAUGCAUGAUCUCAAACUCGACAAGCGUCGGAGAGGUUUUCUCGCGGCUGGAUCACAAGUUUGAUCUCAUGUACGCAAAGCGAGCGUUCGUUCACUGGUACGUCGGAGAGGGGAUGGAGGAGGGAGAAUUCUCAGAGGCUCGCGAGGAUCUGGCGGCGCUAGAGAAGGAUUACGAGGAAGUCGGGGCGGACUCGACCGAGGGAGAGGGCGAAGACGAGGGCGAGGAGUAUUAACCGGCCUCCCGCUGAUUUUUAAAAGUUUGAAUUCACAUAUAUUG